UUUCUGUAAUAAAAAAUGUUGUCAACGACAACCAACUCCUUCAUUUUUCUACUACCAAAGUGGCUGAAUUCCAAUCAUUUGAUGCAGUUUACGACACAAAAUCAUGUCAGAAAUAGUUUCGAAAGCAUGAACCCUUCAACUUUUAUUUAUUUUUGUUUGCUUUAUAGAGGCUCAAUUAUCAGUUGUGUCUUCGUGAAAGAAUAUUCAGUUAUUAUAUUUUAUUUUUUUAUUAAAUAUUAGCUGGAAGAAUCUUGGUUUCGAUAUAUAUAAGCAGCUAUUGCACCUUUUCUCUCUUUGUUUACAGCCUAAGGCUGUGUUUUAAUUUGCAGCAUUGCAUAUCUCUCUCUCUCUCUCUCUCUCUCUCUCUCUCUCUCUCUCUUUCUCUUUCUCUCUCUAGGAUCAUGGGAAGACAACCUUGUUGUGAGAAGGUAGGGCUUAAACGAGGUCCAUGGACGAUCGAAGAAGACAAUAAACUCAUGAAUUUUAUCCUCAACAAUGGGAUACAAUGUUGGAGGCUCGUGCCAAAACUUGCAGGUCUAAUGAGAUGUGGAAAGAGCUGCAGAUUGAGAUGGAUAAAUUAUUUGAGACCGGAUUUGAAGAGAGGUGCGUUGACAGAUGCAGAAGAAGAUAUGAUCAUCGAGCUACAUUCUCGACUAGGAAAUAGGUGGUCUAAAAUAGCGACACACUUUCCGGGAAGGACAGACAACGAGAUCAAGAACUACUGGAACACGAGGAUCAAGAAGAAGAUGAAGCUCAAGGGAUUGGACCCGGUCACCCACAAGCCGGUCCAGACGAAAACUUGCGAUUUUGAGACGAACAACGAAGAAAUGCAGCAUCAUCAAAGCCUUGGAUUUCAAGAAACUACCGUCUCAUUAAUCCCAAAUCUCAAAGAUUAUGAUGAUCAAAUGCAGCAUAAGACAGAAGAAGGGUCACCCUCGAAUCAAAGCAGGGAUGAUUCUUGCAUCAAGAAUUCGGACAUGGGAUCUUCACUUGUGUUCCAAAACAAGGAAUCUUUGGGGAGUUUCACCAUGGAUUCUUACCAGAAUCUAAUGGAUAAUCCGUUUUUCUGGGAUUGUUUCACCGGUUUGGGAGAGAGUUUUCCAUGAGUGGAAAUAUAAAAAUUAAGGAGAAUUUAUUGUUGUUAAUUAUUGUUAUCGUUGGUGUAAUGUGCAUGUAGUGAAGGUCAAUAUCUAUUUUUUAUGUGUUCGACAUCACUAACUUAAUCUUGAUUCUUUUUAUUUAUUUAUUUUUUUUC